UUUUCGGCUUUUGGCUUUAUACCGACGCAUCUCGCACCUUUCACAGUCACGUUGUCAUUCUCAUUCUUAGUUUCUCUAUGACGGAGGACUUUCUCCCUCUGCAAUUUUCGCCUAUUCAACAUUGCAACCUCCGUCAACAAAUCUUCUAAGGCAAUGUGCUAAAGAGCCUUCUGAUUCAGAUUUCUGCUUAGAUUUUUUCUAAAAUUCACAGAGAUAGUCACUUGGGGAUCUGUCUCUCUUAAUUUUAAGGAAAAUGUUUAAGAUCCCAGAGCACCAAGUUGCUGGUCAUCAAGCCAAAGAUGGUAUCCUUGGCCCCCUAAUAGACGAUUCUGGAAACUUCUAUAAGCCUCUUCAAAAUGAUGAACGUGGUUCCAAAGAAAUUGCAUUUUAUACCUCCCUGUCUUCUGAUCCCAGGGUCCCUGACAACAUUCGCAGAUACUUCCCCAUUUUUCGUGGUACUAAGGCUAUCAAUGCAUCUGAUGGCUCUGGCUUACAACCCCAUCUUGUUUUGGAAGAUGUUGUCUCCAGUUACCAGAGCCCAUCUGUAAUGGACAUCAAAAUUGGUUCUAGGACUUGGGAUCCUCAAGCUUCUGAGUCCUACAUUGAAAAGUGUUUAAAAAAGGAUAGAGAAUCCUCUAGUCUGACAUUGGGUUUUAGAAUAUCAGGAUUGAAGUUAGUGACCUCCUCCAAAGAUGCAUCGGUCUGGCAGCCGGGUAGGAAGUUUCUUCAAAACCUAGCUGCCAACGACGCCAAAUUGGUAUUGAGUAGGUUUGUUUCUUCCAACGUGGCUUCAAAUGAUAACAUACACCCAGAUUGUUCUUUUGCGUCCAAGGUUUUUGGUGGACCUUCUGGAAUUUUGGAACAGCUACUGGAACUUAAGAAAUGGUUUGAGGUUCAAACUAUUUUUCAUUUCUAUUCUUGUUCUGUCCUCGUGGUAUAUGAAAGGGAAUCUCUGAUGAAAGGAAGUAGUAGUUCAGGUGCUGUUGUUAAACUUGUUGACUUUGCACAUGUGGCGGAUGCAAAAGGUGCCAUUGAUCACAACUUCUUGGGAGGGCUUUGUUCUUUAAUUAAGUUCAUUUCAGAUGUAUUGGAGGCACCUGUUGAAAACGGCAUUUGUAACAAUUACUGUUCUAAAGAUGAACACUGAGACUGCUUUGCUUCCAGGGACAAUUUUGGGAUUUCCAAACAAAUUCUGACUUUGUUGACAGUCAAAUCAAGUAAAGUACUAGCAUUACUUUCUACACUGCCUCUGUUAUCCUAUAUUCUCCGCAUUAUAUUUCUUGCAAGUCAAUGUUACUAUGUUGCAUAUCAUGUGGCAGAUGGUGCAUAUGAACUCAAAUUUCCUGCUAAUUAAUUCAAGCAUCAGUUGUCUUUGUCAGAUGA